AUGUACGGGCGCCCGGCGACGGAGAGCGAGAGGGCCCGGGCGCUGCGAGACAGCGUCAGGAUGAUCAUCGUGAGGCAUCCUUUUACCAGACUCCUCUCUGCCUACCGCGACAAGAUGGCCAAGCGCGACCCCCGUCCCAGGAAGUUCAAGUUCGAGGACCUCCAGGCAUAUAUCGUGGCCAGAUACCGAAGUAGCCGCAGCGCCGACGAUUCUCCCUUCCCGAGUUUUCCGGAGUUCGCCCAGUACGUAAUCGACUCCACGGCGAAUUUCUCCAGCGCCGCCGACUGGAAGCAGCACGUCAGGUGCUGGGUUCCUUACUGGGCGCACUGCGGCGUCUGCGACUACGACUACAACAUCAUCAUGAAACUGGAAACCAUGGAGGACGACCAGCGGUUCCUCAUCGCGCUCUCGCAACUCAACGAGCUCAGAACUAAGACCAGCUGGGCCCAUCUGAACGGCGCGUCUUCGUCUCAGCUGGCUAUGCAGUAUUACAAGGAGCUAACACGAGAUCAGAUGCUGCAACUUUACAAACGUUAUGAACUCGACUUUAAACUCUUCCGAUACCAUAUACAGGAUUACCUGUCCGUUGCAAAGGAUGCUUGA